AUGGCCUCUCCCACCAAAAUCCAUCCCGCCACUUUGGUUACUAACAUAAAAACAAGUAUCCCUAUCCAACAUAAUGAAAGUGGUUCCAAUUUCCAUACUUGGGUCACUUUAUUCAAGCUUCAUUUUCGAGCUCACCUUGUGGAUUCUCAUAUUAUUCCCGAUGACUCCUCUAAAGCUUUAGUUUCUAAAGAUUCCGAAUGGCAACGUCUUGAUGACAUUGUUCGCACAAGGAUUUAUGGCUCUAUUAGUCCCUCUCUUCUUCAAUCUAUAGUUCAUCCCGAUGAUUGUGCCUUUGAUGCUUGGAAUCGUCUUGAGAAUAAUUUCCAAAAUAAUAAGACAUCUUGA